AUGGACGGGGGAUAUGGAGCUGCAGGGGGUUUUGGAGGAGGAGGAUUCGGUGGUUUGCCACCACACUGACCACCUGGUCCGCCUGGUGCACAGGGAUUCCCAGGAGAACGUGGAAGAGAUGGCAUGCCUGGUGGACGCGGUAAAGAUGGACUUGUUGUAAGAGUGGGAGGACCAGCACCAGGGGCAGCCCCACGGGUUGCAGGUCCACCGGGACCGCCUGGCCGUGAUGGGCCGCCUGGGCCUCCUGGGCCACCUGGACCUCCUGGAAUA